UUUUCAUGACAUCCUUAUCUUCAUUCCCAACUAUUUAAUUCAUCGAAUAAGCACUCAAUAUACAGAAAUGGAAUCAAGAACGGUUGUUUUGUAUCCUUCUCCGGGGAUCGGGCAUCUGGUUCCCAUGGUGGAGCUUGCGAAACUCAUUCACACCCACCAUCCUACACUCUCUGUUGUCAUCCUUAUAACUCCGGCACCUUUUGAAACCGGCUCCACCAACAAAUACAUCAAAACCGUCUCCAUCACCACCCCUUCCAUCACCUUCCACCACCUCCCCACUAUCACUUACCCACCGGAUUUCUCCUUUGAAUUCCAAAACCUUGCCUUCGGGAUCCCGGAGCUUUACAACCCGAUCGUCCACGACAUCCUCGUAACCAUCUCCGAGAAAUCAACCAUCAAAGGUGUAAUUCUUGAUUUCUUUACAAACGCUGCUUUUCAAGUAUCUAAAACCCUCAAUUUGCCAACUUAUUACUUCUAUACCGGUGGCGCUUCCGGCCUCUGUGUCUUCUUACAUCUCCCUACCAUCCAUAACACAACUUCCGGCAACAUUAAAGAUCUGAAAAUUUACUUCAAUAUUCCUGGAGUUCCUCCAAUCCAUUCUUCUGAUAUGCCUUCUCUUUUGUUUGAAAGAGAAAGCAACUCGUAUAAGAACUUCAUGAAAACUGCCAGUAACAUGGCGAAAUCUUCCGGCAUCAUCGUAAACAGCUUCGUGGGGUUAGAAGAAAGAGCUGUUGAGACGCUCCAGGAUGGUAAAUCCAUCCCGGAAGGUCCAACUCCACCUAUAUAUCUACUCGGACCUUUGAUCGCGUGUGGCGAUCAAGUGGAUCCUAGCAAAAAUGAAUGCUUAAAAUGGUUGGAUUCACAACCAAGUAAAAGUGUAGUGUUCUUAUGCUUUGGGAGUAUGGGUGUGUUCAAGAAAGAACAGUUGAAGGAAAUAGCUAUUGGGUUAGAGAAAAGUGGGCAAAGAUUUUUGUGGGUGGUUCGGAAUCCGCCACCAGAUGGCGAAAAGGGGUCGAGCUCGGGUUCUAAAGAGGUCGAUCUUGAUGAUUUUCUUCCUGAAGGGUUCUUAGCCAGGACUGUUGAUAAAGGGAUGGUGGUGAAGAACUGGGCACCGCAGCCCGCGAUUCUUGGUCAUGACUCGGUGGGUGGGUUUGUGAGUCAUUGUGGGUGGAACUCGUCACUUGAAGCGGUGGUUGCUGGGGUGCCAAUGGUGGCGUGGCCAUUGUAUGCUGAGCAAAAGUUGAAUAGGGCGUAUCUGGUUCAAGAAAUAAAGGUGGCGGUGGCGGUGAGAAUGUCGCCGGAUGGGUUUGUGACGGCGGAGGCAGUGGAGGAGAAGGUGAGGGAGUUAAUGGAGGGUGAGGAAGGGAGAGUGGUGAGAGAACGGAUUUUAGAGAUGAGUGGAAGGGCAAAAGCUGCGGUGGCGGACGGUGGCUCCUCCCGAGUUGAGUUCUCUAAAUUAACCCAGCCAUGGAUAGACCUGCAAAUCUAGAUCGGUUUGCAAAUUCUACAUUUGUCGUGUUCAAUUUUCAU